AAGGACUUCUCACCAGCCUGGUGUGCACACACCAGUCUGGUGGCAGAGGCUGGAGGCCAGGGGUCCCAGCCCCCCACGUCCUCCAAGGGACUGCCCCAGACUACGGACGUGGGUCCCUUACUGGGCUGACGCCCCCAUCGAGGAGCCAGUGGGAAGCAGGAGCGUUAGGCAGCACCAGGUGGCAUCCCCCUCUUUUCAGCUGGAACGGGGUCUGGUGCCUGGACUGCCCGGCAGGUGAGAGGGCAGUGGCCAUGAUGGCUGCACAGCCACUGACCCCCCACCGUGCUCCAAGCACUUGGUUUUGGGGGGUCGUGCCACCCUCCCUGGGACCUCCCGGGUGGGUGUCCUAAUGCCGAGUGUUUAGAGGAGGAAACCAGGGCUCAGAGAGGCAGAGUGACCUGCUGGAGGCCAUGCUGCUGGACACUGGAGACCAUUCUCUGGGACUCUGCUGGGUCAGACUGGGAGGCGACGGACAGUGGGGAAGUACACCUUAGAGGUGCAUCGUGGCUCUUCCAUGCCGAGCUGUGCAACAUCAGACUUCUCCACCCAGGUGAACUCCUCGCCCCUCAGCUCCCCCACGGGACGCGGCUCCAUGGCGGCCCCCUCGCUGCACCCCUCCCUGGGGCCCGGUAUCGGCUCCUCGCUGGGCUCCCCUGGACAGCUGCACUCUCCCAUCAGCACCCUGAGCUCCCCCAUCAACGGCAUGGGCCCGCCCUUCUCGGUCAUCAGCUCCCCCAUGGGUCCCCACUCCAUGUCCGUGCCCACCACACCCACCCUGGGCUUUGGCACCAGCAGCCCCCAGCUCAACUCGGCCAUGAACCCUGUCAGUAGCAGUGAAGACAUCAAGCCCCCGCUGGGCCUCAAUGGAGUCCUCAAAGUCCCGGCCCACCCCUCAGGGAACAUGGCGUCCUUCACUAAGCACAUCUGUGCCAUCUGCGGGGACCGCUCCUCAGGCAAGCACUACGGUGUGUACAGCUGCGAGGGCUGUAAGGGCUUCUUCAAGCGGACGGUGCGCAAGGACCUGAGCUACACCUGCCGGGACAACAAGGACUGCCUGAUCGACAAGCGCCAGCGCAACCGCUGCCAGUACUGCCGCUACCAGAAGUGCCUGGCCAUGGGCAUGAAACGGGAAGCGGUGCAGGAGGAGAGGCAGCGGGGCAAGGACCGGAAUGAGAACGAGGUGGAGUCCACGAGCAGCGCCAACGAGGACAUGCCCGUGGAGAAGAUUCUGGAGGCCGAGCUGGCCGUCGAGCCCAAGACCGAGACGUACGUGGAGGCGAACAUGGGGCUGAACCCCAACUCGCCCAACGACCCGGUCACCAACAUUUGCCAAGCAGCGGACAAGCAGCUCUUCACCCUCGUGGAAUGGGCCAAGCGGAUCCCACACUUCUCUGAGCUGCCUCUGGACGACCAGGUCAUCCUGCUGAGGGCAGGCUGGAACGAACUGCUCAUCGCCUCCUUCUCCCACCGGUCCAUAGCCGUGCGGGAUGGGAUUCUCCUCGCGACCGGGCUGCACGUGCACCGGAACAGCGCCCACAGUGCAGGCGUGGGCGCCAUCUUUGACAGGGUGCUGACGGAGCUGGUGUCCAAGAUGAGGGACAUGCACAUGGACAAGGCGGAGCUGGGCUGCCUGCGCGCCGUCGUCCUCUUCAACCCCGACUCCAAGGGGCUGUCGAACCCGGCCGAGGUGGAGGCGCUGCGGGAGAAGGUGUACGCGUCCCUGGAGGCCUACUGCAAACACAAGUACCCCGAGCAGCCAGGAAGGUUUGCCAAGCUGCUGCUGCGUCUCCCGGCUCUGCGUUCCAUCGGCCUCAAGUGCCUGGAGCACCUCUUCUUCUUCAAACUCAUCGGGGACACGCCCAUCGACACCUUCCUCAUGGAGAUGCUGGAAGCUCCGCACCAAAUGACUUAGGCGCAGCCCGGCCACCCCGCCUGGCCGCCAGCUGCUCUCCUCAGCCAGCCCCGCCCCUGCCCCUUCUCUGCCUGGCCUGUUCGGACUUUGGGGCUCAGCCUAUCACUGCUAAGCCUAAGAGAUAUGUUGCCACCCUCGUUAUUUUCAAUACUACUUGUCUUUGGACGCUGCAGGGCAGUGGCUUUCCCGGGGCCGGAGUGGCAAGGACUGGUGUGACCCCAGCCAGGUCCUUCAGGCUCUCCCAGGGGAGCGCAGGGCAGCUCACGGGGUCUCAGGCCCUGGUUCCUGGAGCUACAGCAGGCGGGAAGGGCGGCUUUGUGUGGGUCACUGUUGUCGCUGGUUUUCGAAUCUCCCGUGCGGCUCUCCUGCGUGGAGUGACCCCUUUUGUCUCUUGUCAGUGCUAGUGCUUGGCAAGCCCGGCUUCACCCGUGGUCAGAAGGAGAGGACAGGUGGGGGACGGGCUGGUGUUUCGUUGUGAAAGAGCCCACCUACUCCCUGGGAAGACGACAGCGGCUCUGGGGCUGGCAGGCUUCCCUUCCCUCACAGAGAAGGGCGAGCAGCCCCUUUUUCCAAAGAUGACUUGCGGUUCUGCCCCCGAGCCAGUCAGAGCAGGAUCUGACCUCUGUGCAGGGUUGUGGGGCCACCUCAAGGCCGCAGGGGCUGGGGUUGCCUCCCCGCCUCCCCACCCACCUCAGUUUUCUCUCUGCAUCUCGUCUUCCUUUCAGCUUCGCCCCCCGUGGGGUCCCAUCCAACCCAGGGCAACUAGACUGCCGUGCCCCGGCCUCUCCUGAGCCCCGUAUCUUCUCUUGCAGUCUGGGAGUUGGGCCGACAGUAGCUCCUGCUUCCUAGAGGGCUGACCUCUUGGGCUCGGCCUUCCUGGAAGCACUGGCCAUGCCAGCGUGGGCUCUGCUGACCUCUCAUGGGCAGAGGUUGCCCCCGGGGAGGCCCACAGGGAUGGGAGGGGAGGGUGGGUGCUUUCCCAGAGGUCUCAGUCUGCUAGGCACAUUUGGAGGGAGGCAGGAGGCGUCGAGAGCCCGAGGGACGUGGCGUGUAAGCCCGGCGGGGAGGGGCAGGGGGCUGCAGUCUGGAGAUCUCCAUAGAAAGACCCCCUCCGCUGGCUACCUGUUCUGUCUGAAGACUGUUGGAAUCAGAAGCCAUUGAAUGCCAGCCUCCUCGGGCCUGUAGCUAGACACCCGUUGGGAACAGCCAGCCAGGCUGCUGUCUGGGUGAUGGAGCUCCGUCGAACACCCACUCUGGUUGAAGGCGCCCCGGUCAGCCCAGCACCCACUUCCGUAGCAGUUCGACCCAACCCAAGGGGGUGGAGUGUCUCAGGUUGGACUGGGCUCUUUGCACUGUUCCUUUGGUCUGAAUACUUUACAUUUUCACGCCUCACACCCCAGGAACCCAGCAUGUGUCAGCAGUGGGGACCUGAAUAGGGAUGACAGUGUUGGGGGUGCGGGGAGGGGUCCUGUCUGCUUAGCCCGAGGGCAUGCUACACGGGGGAUGUGUGUGGGGGGGCACUGCCUUUCCCAAAGUAUGUUUCCCCAGAUGGUACAGGGGUGCCCUGGGCAGGGGCUUCCUCGGAUGCCUUUGGGGCUGGGCAGGGAGAGGCAGGCCCCCAGGCCUCGGUGGGGAGAUGGUGUCCAUUCUCUGCCUCCCGGAGCCCCCAGCCCGAGCUGAGCGUGAGGCAUCUGGGAGGAGGCUGUAAGACUGCACGGAUACCUCCUUCGGCAGGCUGCCCUGCCACGUGGGCACUUUGUCCACUGCCUGAGGCGUGCCAGGGCCUGCCCAACUGUCCCUCCACCCAGACUCUCCCCCAAAGUCUUGGCAGCCUUUGGGGUGAUGGUUGUGACAGGCAGUGAUGCAGGCAGUCAAGGUAUAUAUACCCUUUCGGGCCUCACCCCCAGCAGUGGGAAUGGUCAACGUCCCCACACCCACCACCCUGGUGCCUUCUGCAGCGACACACACACCCCAUCGUCCAUGCCCAGCCCCCACCUCGUCCCCUGGGCCCCUUGGGAAUGUGGGUGGCUCCAGUGGAAAAAAACCAGGAUGGGGGCCCUCUGUUGGGGGGUGUUGGCUUCCUGGGAAUGUCACUGUUGCUGGCCCUGGCUGGCAGGCUGUAAGCACUGAGGCCCCCAGGCCCUGCAGCCCCUCCUGUACCGCAGCGUCUUAGCUCUCAGGAGCUGCCCUCCCGCUUCUCUCAGUCUCUGUCGUCGUCAUCCGUGCAGUGCUGUUUGUUUGGAAAAGUGACCCGUGGGGCAAUGGCACAUUACUCGGUAGAAAGAUAGAAUUUUUAUUUAACCAGAUCUUUAGUAGUAGUACCAAUCUGGUUCAAUUAAGGCGACUUUCUUUGUAAUUAUUAUUAUUAUUUUGGUGGGACAAUCUUUAAUUUUCUAAAGAUAGCACUAACAUCAGCUUGUUAGCCACCCCAUGCCCGUCCCCGCCUCGGUCCGGCCAGACACUUCCUGGGCCCCGGGUCUGCUGGUGUCUCCGGCAGGUUCCUCAGUGGUGUCACCUCCCCACUCUGACAUCCAGACGGGGCUUCUGGGGCUGAGGAGCGAAGACGGCCGCAUGCUGUGUUUGGAAAGUGUUGGCAAGGCCAGGCCCUGACUUGCCCCCCACCCUUGGAAGCUGGCCUGCCUGCGACAGUCACCAAGAGGGCCCCCGUGUCAGCCACUCGUCACCUGGAAGCAUGCGGUCUCCAGGGACCACGGCCCUGCACUCUGGGAUUCCCAAGUCCCAGUGCUCCCAGUGGAUUCGGGCUGUCAGGCUGGCGGCCAGUGCGGGAGGCCUGGCAGGGCUCCCUUCUCCGUGGGGCCCUCGGAGCGCCUGGCCGGAACGUGCAGCCAGUGGGUAAUCAGCUGAUGUUGUCCCCAUCAUGGAAUUCGGGCACAUGGCGUGGUCCCUGCCACGCAGGUGUGUGGGUGUGAAAUGUACGUGCUGAACAGAAACUGCACAGAGCUACACGCCAUGGACAGCACACGCGUAGCCGUUCCCAGCGUUUUGUGUUUAUUUUUAAUCAAGACUAUUUUUUCUGUUUUCCUAUAAAUUUGCUUCAUGUGAGCAAGUACAUAAGGACCCCUCCUUUGGUGAAAUCCGGGUUCGAAUGACUAUCUCAAGGCGAGGAGAUGCAUCUAUUUUAAGAUGCUUUGGAGCAAACAGCUUUAGCAGUUCCCAAUCCUUAGCCAUGCCUUAGCCGGGACGCGUAGCUAACUUCAGAGGAUGACAAAUACAGAGAGUAAAGAUAAGAGAAAAUGUCUAAAGCAUCGGGAAAGGUAAAAAAAAAAAAAAAAUCUAUUUUUGUACAAAUGUAAUUUUAUCCCUCAUGUAUACUUGGAUGAUACGGCGGGGAGGGGUGGGGACUUGUUCUGUUUCUGCUUCUAGAGGUUGAAGUGAAAGCGUUCUUGGUAACGCGUUGGAAUGUGAGAUGGAGCAGAGAACGGGGCUCCAGCGACACGGCGCGCAGGCUUUGUGACGCUGCUGCACAGAAAUGUUCCCUGUGGGCCUGAAACUUUCAAGGGUUUUCUUCCCCUUUCGAGUAAUUUCAACAGCCUCGCUCUGUUCACCCGCUGCCAGCCGGCCCUCCCGCGACUGUGAAAUCACUUCCUUCCGCGAUUGUUCUCUACAUCAUGGGCCACAGGUGCCAGGGUUGACAGACAGUGGUAUGCGAAUUGUGGGAAAGAAAAAGACGACGCGAGAGGAGAAACAAAAUAGGACCGUUUAAAAAUACAUCAUCCUUCAGUUCUCA